AUGUGGGUUGGCAUCAAGUGGGAGCUCGGCAACGAACCCGACCUCUUCAAGGUCGGACCACCGCGGCGACACUACACGUGGAGCGAACAAGACUACCUCAACGAAUGGUUCACUUGGACCACCGCCAUCCACAAUGCCCUCGAAGCCUCGUGUCCCGACCUCGCCACAUCCUCCAAAUACAGAUACUACGCCCCCUCCUUUGCCGGUGCAGGUUCCACGAGCCUAGGCCCCAACGCCUCCAACUUUCUGAAUCCGAUCAAAGCCUGGAAUUCCGGCUUCGCCAACUCCAGCAUCAUCUCCCACAUCUCGGCACACAACUACAUCGCCGGUGCCGAGUCACCUGGCGUGACGCUCCCGGGCACCCUCAUGAACCACACCAACACGAUCCACUCCGUCUCCGAAUUGCUAAAUUUCUCCCGCUCCCUGCACAACCCUCACAGCCUCCCCUUCAUCCUUGGCGAAACCAACUCCCUCUUCCGCCAAGGCCGUCCAGGGCUUUCCAAUACCUUCGGCGCAGCGCUCUGGGGCGUAGACUCAAUCUCUGGAACGAACUAUCGGUACCAGAGCUGGCAGCCGGUCGACACGAACCGAAGCACCAAGGGGACAAAAGCGCCGUAUUAUGGAAACAUUGCCGUCGCUGCGUUGAUGGGAGAUGUCACGGGCGAGGCGCCGAAGAUUGCGAAUUUGCCGCUUGAGAGGGAGCAGGAGGCAGCUUAUGCGGCUUAUGUGGGGGACAAGUUGGAGAGGAUUGUGGUGGUGAAUUUGAUGGCGUGGAAUGAGACUGACUAUAAUGAGGAGUAUUGGAGUGAGGGGCAGAGGCCAGUGGAGCGUUAUAGGUUUCAGGUGCCGAAGGGUGUAAAAGGGGAGGUAGGGCUGAGGAGGUUGAUGGCGAAUGGGAGUGAUGCAAUCAGUGGGGUGACGUUUGAUGGGUACAGUUACAACUUCGAGCUGGAUGAGGGGAGGCCGGUGUUGUUGGGGAAUGUUACGCGAGGGGAGAGUGCAAGAGUGAGGAAGGGAGGGUGGUUGCAGGUGGAGGUGCCGUGGAGCAGUGCGGUGAUGGUGGACUUUGGGAAGUAG